CAGGCCUCUUGACUGGUACCUGAAUGUAGUCAUAAAAGGCACUGAGCAAAUCAAUUCAUUCCAUGGUUUUCAUGGAGAUCUCCUGAUAUCAAAAUUUAUUUCUUUUUCUUACACGUGUCUCCUCUCAUCCUCUGGAGAUGAAAAUUGACAUCCAUAGUCAUAUUCUUCCAAAAGAAUGGCCAGAUCUAGAAAAGAGAUUUGGCUAUGGAGGUUGGAUCCAGCUACAACACCACAGCAAGGGAGAAGCAAAGAUGGUGAAAGAUGGAAAGGUCUUCAGAGUGGUCCAAGAGAACUGCUGGAAUCCAGAAGUUCGUAUUAGAGAAAUGGAUCAAAAAGGAGUAACCGUGCAAGCUCUUUCUACGGUUCCCAUCAUGUUUAGCUACUGGGCCAAACCUCAGGACACUAUGGACCUAUGUCAGCUUUUAAACAAUGACCUAGCUGCCACUGUAGCAAGCCACCCUCGGAGGUUUGUGGGUCUAGGGACAUUGCCUAUGCAAGCCCCUGAGCUGGCAGUCAAGGAAAUGGAGCGUUGUGUAAAGGAGCUGGGAUUUCCAGGGGUCCAGAUUGGCUCCCACAUCAAUACCUGGGACCUGAAUGAACAAGAACUCUUCCCUGUCUAUGCAGCAGCUGAAAGGUUGAACUGUUCCCUGUUUGUGCAUCCCUGGGACAUGCAGAUGGAUGGACGAAUGGCCAAAUACUGGCUCCCUUGGCUUGUAGGAAUGCCAGCAGAAACGACCAUGGCCAUUUGCUCCAUGAUCAUGGGUGGAGUGUUUGAGAAGUUUCCAAAACUGAAAGUGUGCUUUGCACAUGGAGGUGGUGCUUUCCCUUUCACAAUGGGAAGAAUCUCCCAUGGAUUCAAUAUGCGCCCAGAUCUAUGUGCCCAGGACAAUCCAAAUGACCCAAAGAAAUACCUUGGUUCCUUUUACACAGACUCCUUGGUUCACGAUCAUCGGUCUCUUAAGCUGUUAACAGAUGUCAUAGGAAAGGAUAAAGUCAUUUUGGGAACUGAUUACCCCUUUCCACUAGGUGAGCUAGAACCUGGGAAACUGAUAGAGUCCAUGGAAGAAUUUGAUGAAGAAACAAAGGAAAAACUCAAAGCUGGUAAUGCCCUGGCAUUUUUGGGACUUGAGAAAAAACAAUUUGAAUGAAUUCAGUAUAAAAACAAAACUUCAUGAAGAUAAAUGUGUGUCAUAUAUGCAUUUGAACCACUUUUCCCAGAAAUAGAAUAUACCCAAGUAUCCUAAAUUGUUCAUAAUAGGCAUGAUUCACAUUGCUAUUCUGAAAAGAAGUACAUUAUCUCAUAUGCAAAUCAAAAAAUACUGUCCAGUUCCUCCUCAAUUACUCUGGAAAACUAAAAAUGUUAUUAAUGAUUUAUAUAAGGGUUCACUUUAUAGGGCUCACGUAUGUUUUCCUUUUAUCAAGGACAUUGGAAUGGACCUGAAAAACUUGUUUUUUCCACUCAGAGCUUUUUUCAUUAGCUCAAUAUUAGUGAUUAUUUUGCAUGAUAAAUGCAGCCCAUAUGUAGGAAACCCAUAAUCUCAAAGAGCUUAUAAUCCAAUUAAAGAAGCAAAAGUACAUGGGAAAAUUACUGAA